AUGGUAGCGCUUACAGUUCCAGUCGGCGAAGCUAAGGCCGGAGAAACGGCCCCAAGAAGAAAAUCAUCCCAAAAGGCACAAGCGUUGGAAAGACCAACCGAUUCGAAGGCAACUACAUUGGUAGAUUUUUUUGAGGAAUGUGUUAAGAGACAAGGUAAGAGAAAUGCCAUGGGAUGGAGAGAGUUCAUUGACACGCACGUUGAGACCAAGAAGGUGACCAAGAAGGUUGAUGGCAAGGACACCCAGGUGAACAAGGAUUGGGUAUACUACGAGUACGCCAAGUACAGUUACAUUCACUACCCGGACUUGUUAGAAUUGGUAAAGGAUUAUAGUAGGGGUCUCGUGAAGUUGGGAUUGAAGCCAGAACAAGUUGACAAGUUGCACAUUUAUGCCCAAACAUCGCAAAAAUGGAUGCAGACGUUUUUGGCAGCGCAAUUCCAGGGUAUCCCUACCGUUACAGCCUACGACACAUUGGGUGAAAGUGGAUUGGUACACUCAUUAUUACAAACUGAACUGAGGGCCAUUUUCACUGAUAACACUUUGUUGCCGCUGUUGAUUAGACCAUUGAAAGAAGCCAAGGACGUUAAAUUCAUCAUCCACUUUGAUGAUAUCGACCCUAAUGAUAAGAGAAUGGGUGGUAAAUACUACAGUGAUGCCAUUGACGCGAAGGAAAAGAUUUUGAAGAACAGACCUGACAUCGAGUUUAUUUCGUUUAACGAAUGUGUUAAAUUGGGUAAGGCUAACAAGGACAUCGAACUCAAAAGCCCUGCUCCUGAGGACUUGUCCUGUAUUAUGUACACCUCUGGGUCUACUGGGCCACCAAAGGGGGUUGUUCUUUCCCAAGGUAAUAUUCUUGCUGGUAUUGCUGGUGUAUCGACAAAUGCCGAUAGAUCGCUUGUCAGCAACAAUGAUCGUAUUAUAGCAUUCUUGCCAUUGGCACAUAUUUUCGAAUUGACCUUCGAAUUGGCAGCAUUUUGGUGGGGUGGAUGCUUAGGGUAUGCUAAUGUUAAGACUUUGACUGACACGUCGUGUAGGAAUUGUCAAUCAGAUUUAGUAGAAUUCAAACCACAUAUUAUGGUUGGUGUUGCUGCUGUAUGGGAAUCGGUUAGAAAGGGUGUGUUAGCCAAAAUUAGAAAAGAAAGUAUUUUUGUCCAAAAGAUCUUCUGGAGUGCAUACCAUGCCAAGGCAGCAUUUAAGGCUUACCAUAUCCCAGGAGCUGGUAUAUUUGACGUCAUCUUUAAGAAGGUUAAGGCUGCUACUGGUGGUGAAUUAAGAUAUGUACUUAAUGGGGGCUCACCGAUUUCAAAGGAUGCUCAAGUUUUUGUUUCUAACUUGAUCGCUCCAAUGUUGCUUGGUUACGGGUUAACUGAAACUUGUGCCAAUACGACCAUUGUUGAACAUAAACGUUUUGAAUAUGGCAGUGUAGGUACAUUGACCGGGGCAAUCACUGCGAAAUUGAUUGACGUCCCUGAUGCCGGUUACUUUGCAAAGAAUAACCAGGGUGAAAUUUUAGUUACUGGUCCAUGUGUUACUAAGGAAUACUACAAGAAUGAAAAAGAAACCGUUGAUUCAUUCACUCCUGAUGGCUGGUUUAAAACAGGUGAUAUUGGUGAAUGGGCGCCAAAUGGUGCGUUAAGAAUCAUUGACCGUAAGAAGAACUUGGUGAAGACUUUAAACGGUGAGUAUAUUGCAUUAGAAAAGUUAGAGUCAGUUUACAGAUCAAAUCCAGUUGUUUUAAACUUGUGUGCAUAUGCAGACCAAUCAAAGGUUAAACCAAUUGCAAUUGUUCUUCCAAACGAAGCUAAUCUUAAAUCAUUCUUGGCGGAUGAGAAAAUCUAUUCACAACUGGACUUAGAUUCUAAGGAAUUGGCUCAUUUGUGUGACGAAAAGAAGGUUAUCAACGCUGUCACUAAGCAUUUGGUUCAAACUGGUAAGAGUCAAGGUUUAAAGGGUAUUGAAUUAAUUCAAACGGUAGUUUUAUUGGAUGAUGAAUGGACCCCACAAAAUGGUUUCGUCACUUCGGCUCAAAAGUUACAAAGAAAGAAAAUUUUGGCUUCUUGUCAAGAUAAGGUUGACGAAGCUUACAAAAACUCUUAG